AAAGUGAAGGAUGUUGCGGACACCAAAGCAUGCGACCGAGAUAGUGGUAUUGCAAUUACUUGUGUUGCAGUUUUUAGUUUUCUUCACAGCUGAUGCAGAUUACAUACCACCUUCAAGAUUGACCGGGUUCCCGUACAAGAAUUGGUCCUUCGAUUUCGACACGAUUUUGAUCGAAGCGUUUUAUGAUCCAUUGUGCCCCGACAGCAGGGAUUCGUGGCCGCCACUCAAACAAGCUCUUCACCACUACGGUUUUAGAGUUUCGCUUGUCGUUCACCUCCUCCCUUUACCUUACCAUGACAAUGCUUUUGUUGCAUCUCGUGCUCUGCACAUUGUGAACACAUUGAAUACAUCUGCAACAUUCCCCUUGCUGGAGUGGUUCUUCGAGCAUCAGGAGAAAUUCUAUAAUGCUCAAACACGGAACUUAUCCAGGGCUUCUAUCGUAGAGGAGAUAAUAAAGUCUGCAGCAAAAGUAGUUGGGAGCUCUUAUUGUAAUGCCGUAAAUGAUGGCUUCAGUGACAGAAAAACUGAUCUUCAAACCAGGGUUUCUUUUAAGUAUGCUGCUCUGAGAGGGGUGUAUGGAACGCCUUUUUUCUAUGUCAACGGAUUCUUAUUGCCUGAUACUGGAGCUACUGUUGACUACAACACAUGGAGGAAGGUCAUUGACCCUUUGAUCGGUGCCCAUAAGAGCAUAAAAAAAGAGGAAUCCCCUCACUUCCUCUUGUGAAAA